AGUUUUAUUGGAAUAUAAUUAUUGACAUACCAUAAAAUUCACUCUUUAAAAGCAUACAAUUCAAUGGGAAACUAUCUUAUUUAUUCUGGCAUCGUCUAUAGCUGUGGUUCUCAGUCUUGGGUGCACACUGGAAUUACCGGAAGAGCUUUAAAAAAUCCUUCAGUCUGGAAAAAAAAAAACCCUUCAGUCUGGAUCUCCUCUUCAGAGGUUCUGGCUUAAUUGGUUUGGGGUGUCGCCUGGGGAUGGGAAUUUUUUUAAGCUCCUAGGAUGAUUUUAACUUGUAGCCGGGGUUGCCCUAGAGUGCUCUGUUCAUAGCAGGCACCCAACAACUGUUUGUUGUAAUCAUCAAUUAGCUUUAACUUCUAGUAUCCAGUUAAUUAACUCACUCAAAAGUGGCCGUCUGUCUCCCCAAUAGCCCAUCAACUCUUAUCACAUAAUGGUCUGCUUAUAUCUGUCUCCCCAACUCAGCAGGAAAGGAACACUAUGAGACAAAGCAUAUAGAAAAGGUAAGUUCACUUGCAAAGAUGUGCAGACUUCAGUAGGACUGGAUCACUGAAUAAGAAAUACAACAGAUAUUAGACCGCGCACGGUGGCUCACGCUAUAGGCGCGAGCACGUGAGCACUUUGGGAGGCCGAGGAGGGUGUAUCACGAGGUCAGGAGUUUUGAGACCAGCCUGGCCAAGUUGGGAAACCCUGUGUCUACCAAAAAUGCAAAAAUUAGCCGGGCGCGGUGGCGGGCGCCUUCCCCAGCUACUCGGGAGGCUGAGGCAGGAGAAUCGCUUGAAUCCGGGAGAGGGAGGUUGCAGUGAGCCAAAAAAGCGCCACUGCACUCUAGCCUGGGCGACAAAGCAAGACUCCACCUCAAAAAAAAAAAAAAAGAGAGAGAGAGAGAAAGAAAGAAAUACAACAGAUAUUAAAGGAAAAAAUGUCAAGGAAAAAUUACCACAUUUACAUUUGUCUUUUCAGCAUGGAUGACAUGCUCACGUUGAGGAAUGUAUGUCACAAGAAUUGUGUGUGACAUAUCCCCACAUUUCCACAUUCAAAAGUCAGGGAUAAUAUGGUAUUCAUCUGGGAAUCAGUAACUCAUGGGAAAAGCUCAAGAUGUCAUUCACUUUGGAGAGCAGAUGUAAAGGAGUAGUAUGGGUACUUUGUCUCAGGGUGGAAAGUGUCUUUCUUAUGGUUUUCUUCCUUCCCAUGGGACUUGUUGCACACUCUUAAAAUGGCGGCAGGGCCGGCACGCUUGCUUGCACAGCUGCGAGCUGCAUGAAGGCAGGGAUGGUUUUGGUCUUAUCCGUUAUGGCAUCCCCUUGUGGCACAUGUUAAGUGUUCAAUAAAUAUUGGUGGAAUGGAUGUGAUUACACUUCAUGCCACAGUAUAUAAAUAUGAUUUUAACUGGACAGGGAACUGCAAAAGUUUCCCAUAUUGAUCCUUUUUGCAAUCUUAAUUAUGGUACUCUGAGCUGGGAUAUUGCCUAAACUGCCUGGGCUACAACAAACUCCGAAGGGGCUUUUACUUCCACGUCCAUAGUAGUUGAGGGUUCGCGUUGUGUGAACGCUGGAACCUCACGUGAGUAGCUGAGUAGCGAGGAUGGUCACUCCCGGAUAAAUGAAUACAGGAUUCUCGCGGCUGGGAGCGGUCGCCCGGCGAGGUCGGUCAUUCUGCCUGUCCGGUAGCACCACGAAACACCUGCCACUGACACCUCCCCACCAGCCCCCGAGGGUUCGCACGGGCAUCCCGAGCCGCGCCCCCUGGUCCGCCGCAGCCAGAUUCCCUCCCGGGCGGGUUACGCCCCUAGGCGCAAAACGGAACCACUCCGUAUGAAGAAGACAAAGUAUAACCAGUCACACCAAAGAGAGGCAGCAUUAUUUAGACAGCCGGCUACUCCCCCAGAGACUCCACCCAGUCCCCUGCGCCCGGCGUCCAGCACGCAGACGGUGCCCGGCUCCAGGAGCUCCAGCUCCCUCCACGUGUCCUGUCUUCCCAGCAGCCUCCUCUGCCGCCUCGGGAGGAAAAUCUCCUGACAACUCGCGGUCUGAGGACUACGACUCCCAGGAGGCGCCGCGCCGCGGCUCUCCCCGCCCCGCCUCCCCGGGACGCGCAGGCGCCUUGGGCUCCGUCAACAAGCCGGGCUGGCGACGCCUGGAUGCGGUUUCUUCCGGGAUUUGUAGUUUUUCUGGAGCUACCCGGGCCGUUUGUCAGAGGGACAAGAACUACAAGUCUCGGCUGCCCCAGCGCUGCGAGCCUGGUCACGUGGCGGGGGCCGACCGGGCGUGCGUGCCGCCGUUGAUCCGGUGCUGCAGUGAGGAGGUGGUUCUUACCCGUGUUGUGUGUGUGUGUGUGAGUGAGAGAGCGAGUGAGUGAGUGAGUGAGUGUGUGUGUGGGGGGGACUCGGCUUGUUGUUGUCGGUGACUUCCCCCUCCCCUUCACCCCUUCCCCUCCCCGCCGCCGCUGCAGUGGCCGCUCCCUGGGCCGUAGGAAAUGAGCGAUAACGAUGACAUCGAGGUGGAGAGCGACGAAGAGCAACCGAGGUUUCAAUCUGCGGCAGACAAACGGGCUCAUCAUAAUGCACUGGAACGAAAACGUAGGGACCACAUCAAAGACAGCUUUCACAGUUUGCGGGACUCAGUCCCAUCACUCCAAGGAGAGAAGGCAUCCCGGGCCCAAAUCCUAGACAAAGCCACAGAGUAUAUCCAGUAUAUGCGAAGGAAAAACCACACACACCAGCAAGAUAUUGAUGACCUCAAGCGGCAGAAUGCUCUUCUGGAGCAGCAAGUCCGUGCACUGGAGAAGGCGAGGUCAAGUGCCCAACUGCAGACCAACUACCCCUCCUCAGACAACAGCCUCUACACCAACGCCAAGGGCAGCACCAUCUCUGCCUUCGAUGGGGGCUCGGACUCCAGCUCGGAGUCUGAGCCUGAAGAGCCCCAAAGCAGGAAGAAGCUCCGGAUGGAGGCCAGCUAAGCCACUCGGGGCAGGCCAGCAAUAAAAACUGUCUGUCUCCAUCGUCUCAUCCUCCUUUCAGUUCAUCGGUAGAACCCUCAGAACCAUUUAAGAGACUCUUUAUUUUUCUCUUUCUCCUUUUUUUUUUUUUUAAUUUUUAUUUUUACAUAGAAGCUCUUGGACAACAGCUCUCGUUUUCCUUCCCCAUUUCCACUGUAUAUUUUUUUUUAAUGUAUUCCCUUCAGGGAUUCCCUGUCCCCAACAGGAAUUUUUAAACCAAAACACCCCAACUUGGCAGCUUUUUCUGUGGAGGACAGACGGCUGGCCGGACCUCUGAGCACAGUGUCCUGCCCACCCUACCAGCUCCUCCAGCCCUGCCGGGCACAUGCCCGGGGGACGCCUGCCCUGCCCAGGUGGCCUCCUGGCCUGCCCUCACCUCUGAUAGACUUUGUGAAUCUGAACUGCUCUACUUUGAGAAGAUGACCAGUUUGGAGUAAUCAGAAUGAACCCUCCUCCUUUUUAAGGUUUUUUUUUUUUCCUUUUUCUAAAAAGCUAUGUAUCGCUCCUAUUGAAAGACCAGAUCCUUAAAGAAGUUUGUAGUAUAAAAAGAAAGUGGGGACAGAUUCGCAGCACAGAGUCGCUGGCAUGUUUCACUCCUGCUUCUCUCAGCCAGCUGUUUAAGCCUGCAGCGCCAGCCUCACGGAGGGCCGUGUGACACUCUUGUGGUAUGUAUGGGAGAUGGCAGCAGUGAAGCAGCAGCCACCAGGUAGUGGCCAUUUGGGGUUGGGACAGGGAGGGUGUUUUGGGUGGCAUAGAGGUUUUGUAUUGAGGGCCAGUGAUGAUGUUUUGAUAUUUAUUUCCUGCUACUUAAAUUUGAAUCUGAGUGAAUUGUACCUAUUUCUGAUGAUGUCGGUCUUGCAAAGCGACAGAUUCAUAAAGUAAUGAUGAAAUCUUUCUUUCUUCCCGUGUGUAUUUCUAAGAAAUAGAGCCAACUGAUUUUGUAUGUAAAUACCAAGAGCAAUUUACCUGGUACUAAACCCGCACCCCAGUGCGGACCCUUCCCAGCCCUCACCCCACUUCCUUUCCUACUGUCCUGGAACCUGUCUCCAUUGUGUGAUCCAGCCCUGGUUCUGGCUGUGGUCAGCAGAUCCCAGUGAAGGGUUUUGUGUGUUUAGGCUUCAUUUCUUUGUCUUUUUCCUACUCCGUUCCUGGCAUUUGCUGAUUUCUAGUGUAUACUCUGUAGUCUCAGUUCGUGUUUGAUUCCAUUCCAUGGAAAUAAAAAGUAUGUUGUACAUACUGCCGAAGAAUUGUCUUGCAAGUUAAGGCUUCCCCCUUUACUAUAAGACUAUAAAUAAAAACUUAUUUUAUCCUU